AUGGAUUUUGGAUCUGCUUCUUCUUUUGUAAGUCCAUUUAGAGUAGAUGGAGGAAUAAUAGUUACAAUCAACAGCACUUAUAAGUAUGGUAAAUCUACCUAAAAUGGAGGUUUAUUUUACAUAAUGAAUGGAAUAUUUGAAGAAUAAGGCUCAAAUCAUUAUGAUGAUAUUAGUUCUAUUCAAGGUUCAGUGAUUUAUUUGGUAAACAGUUCGGCUAAAUUUAAUAAUUUUACUAUGCAAAACACACUUGCUUAUAGAGGAGGAAUAUUUUAUAUCGGUGAAGGUUCCUCCUUAGAAUUGAUUAAUGGUACUAUAAAACACUCAACUGCAUUAGAUAGAGGAGGCAUUAUAUUUGCGAAGGAUGGUUUGGGAUUAGUAGAAGGAUAUUUAAAAAUAGAGAACUUAGAAAUAACUAGCAGUAUUAGUUUAAAUGAUGGAGGUGCAUUCUACAUUGAAUCGCCCAAACUCGCUUUAAACUUUUAAAACAUAGUAGUAUCAGAAUCUAUGUCUUUAAAAGGAAAUGGAGGAUUCAUGAACUUAAUCAGUACUGCUUCAUUAAUUGCUAAUGGCUUACAACUCAAAGAUUCAUUUUCAUUCUAAAAAGGACACUUUAUAUACUCAGAAACAGCUGAAAUUAUUGAAGUUUUUAAUUCUACAUUUGUUCAAUAGAUGUAUUUGGAACAACUCCCAAUUGAAAUAGAGCAACAAUAUUAUUCUUCUGGAAUAAUGUUGUAUUAAGCUUAAAAAUCUAUGUUUACUAACUGCACUUUUCAGAGUAACAUUUUAUCUUAGCAAGGAGGAGCAUUGCACAUAAAUGGCGGAAACUUUGAAUGCAAUGGAUGUAAUUUUUAUAAUAACACUGCUUAUAAUGGAGGAGCUAUGUAUUUAUUAUAAACAAAUAGUAUAACUCUUAAUAAUGUCUAUAUCAAGAAUGCAAAUGCUUACUAAAACGGAGGUGGAAUUAACAUUAAUUUACCUCAAGGAAAUACUACAAUCAGAAAUAGCACUAUAUAUUAAAGUAGUUGUAGCCAAUACACUGCCGGAAUAUAUUACACAGGAGAGGCGGAAGAUGCUGGAUUAACAACUAAUUAAAAUAUUGAAAAUGUGAGGAUACUAGGUACAGACAAUUCUAAUUAACCAGAUUAAGUUUAGAGUGAAGUCCCAUUUAUUUUCCUUGUACUUGAGUUAGAUCAGAUUAUAUUUCAAGAAUUAGAUGCACAAAACGCUGUUGCUCUAUAUCUCGAAUAAGAAUCAAGUUUUCUUAAAAUAAAAAACGUUGAGGAUUAUGUUUUUAUAAACUCUACUAAGAUAGAAUGCAGUAUAGACAAAUUAGUACUAGGUGAUAAUGGAGCUGGAAGAAUAGAAUUAGAUGGUGAUCAAUAUGAUUGGUUUGAUUCAACAUAUUUUGCACCAAUUCAAAUUUAUAACACGAAACAAUACAAACUCAUUUUAUGA